AAUAAAAGAGAUUAAAAUGGCUGCAGCAGAUAAUUGUCGUCAAAGUAAACACUCAAUUCCCAUUGAUAUAUUGGAUGACCUAUGCAGCCGAUUUAUUAUCAACCUGCCUCCAGAAGAUAGAAGUAACCUGGUUCGAAUAUGCUUUCAAAUAGAGCUUGCGCACUGGUUCUAUUUGGAUUACUAUUGUGGUACGGAUGAGAGCACAAGACUGAAUCCAUGUGGUAUACGGGAAUUUGCAGCACAUAUUUUUCAGCAUGUCCCACAACUACGAGAACACAUAAGCAACCUCGAUGAGGUCCUUGACAACUGGCGUGAGUACAAACUAAUGGUACCGACCUACGGAGCUAUACUCCUUGACACCGAGUUGUCUCAUGUACUGUUAGUGCAGUCCUACUGGGCUAAGGCCUCCUGGGGCUUCCCUAAAGGCAAGGUCAAUGAAGAUGAGGAGCCCUGGAAGUGUGCUGCUAGAGAGGUACUAGAGGAAACCGGAUUCGACAUAACCAAUCUUAUCAACAAACAAGAGUAUAUUGAAGUUACGUUCCAUGAUCAGACCGCACGUUUGUAUAUUAUCUGUAACAUACCGCGCGACACAAAGUUUCAGCCGCAAACUAGAUGCGAAAUAAAGGCUUGCGAAUGGUUCCCUAUAUCUGAUCUACCAGCUAGUAGAAAAGACAUGACUCCCAAACUCAAAAUGGGUGUCAGCCCUAACUCCUUUUUCAUGGUGCAGCCAUUUGUUAAGAGGCUGAGACGGUGGGUCGCAGAGAGGAAUCACAAAGUAUUUCGAAGAACCAGGCACAAAUCUCUAGGUGACAUCGAUUCAUGCAGAAAGAACAAGACAAUUUCCCAAGGAUUACAAAACGAGAUACAGGAGUUUCAGACGACCGGGCACAAGUAUAAAAAUAAUCACGGCAACCAUUCGAACCCGAAGGCAAUUAACAACGGAAAUAGUAAUAGAAAAGGCGGAAAAACGUCUAAACGUCAAUUGUUUACGCCACAAAAUACUCAUACUAAUGAUUUUUCUCCCGUCCAAAAAGAGAACACUCCGCCUCAAGAGGUGGAAGAGAGUUCGUAUUUGAACUUUGUGGCGCCAUCUUGGGCUAAUUUCAAAUUUGAUAGACGCGCCAUCUUUGAUUCUAUGACUUGAAAAUUAAAUAUCAACACGGGCUGAUCUCAUUUUUUCUAACGCCCUGUUGAUUCUUUUAUAAACUUAAUCUUAACAUUAUUGAAAAUAUAAUUUUUUGACGUAUA